UGUGCAGGGGCGGGCCGACGCGUCCGCUGGACCAACUGGAGGCCAGCGUGGGGUAGAGGCCCCUGGACCACCGUUGGAACCAGGGCUUGGUGAAGGUGGUGCCAGGUCUCUCGGAGCCAGACCGAGGGGAGGGUCGCGCGCUCCAGGGCGGGGAGCCACCAGAGGGGGGCUGGCGACAGGGGCUCCCGAGGCUUCGUUGGGCCGCGGCGACCGCCCGCGCCUCCCUCCUAACCCCAGGCACGGCACUGCCUGUCCCCCCCUUCCGCUUCCGGGCCCACCUGACCCGCCAUAUUAGUUCUGACUCCGCCCCUCCGUCUCAUUGGCCCGUACCCAGGCCGACUGGCGGCUCAAUGGCCCAGCUCUCGCACCGAAGUCAUCCAGGCCCAGCCUCGGGCCUUCUUCGCCCAACGUUAGGCCCGCCUUCUCUAGGCUCCACCCUCAUUCCCACCCUCCUAAGCCACGCCCCUAACCCAUACCUCGCUCCUAGGCCUAGUUGGGCCCACCUUUCCAGCUGGUAGGCCGCACCUACCCUGCAUUGCCCCGCCCCUUUGCUCUAGGCUCCGCCCAUUUCACCCACUGCACCUCCUGUCUCCCGUUCUUGCAGGACCUGAGCUCCCUCUAGACUUUAGACCCCACCCACACACCCAACUCGGGAGUCCUACUAGGCCCCGUCCCUUUCUUAAGUCCCGCCCAAGCCUUUCUAGGUCCCGCCCACAGCCCUAGCCCCUAGCAUCCCUUCUCCCCAAGGCUCCACCCCAACCACACGAGCCUGGUCCUCGCAGGCUCCACCCCCGCACCUCAAGCCUUGCUCCCUGUCACUGUCGCGCCUGGGUGUUUACCUAGCCCUUAGGUGAGUCGUUCGCGGUGGCGGUUUCGGUCUGAGCCGCCCGCCUCUUCUCUCGGUGUGUUCCUCAAACCCCGACAGCACCGGGGAGCCCCAGACCAAAGGCGGCGGGGUCCCCAGCCCGGAUCCCGCCUCGGUGCUGCUGCCCGCGUCCCCCGCCCAUACACCCCAGACGGCAUCGCGGUCGUCCCAGGACGCGACGACAUGCCCGAGCUGGUGGUGACGGCGCUGCUGGCGCCGUCGCGCCUCACUCUGAAGCUGCUUCGUGCCUUCAUGUGGAGCCUCGUGUUCUCGGCGGCGCUGGUGGCCGCAGCUGUCUAUGGCUGCAUCGCCCUCACGCACGUGCUGUGCCGGCCCCGACGCGGCUGCUGCGGGCGCCCCCGGCGUACCCCACCUGCCUGCUUGAGCGACCCCACGCUGGGCGAGCACUGCUUCCUGACUCUCAGGAGUUCGGGCCUGCGACUGCACUAUGUCUCCGCUGGACAGGGCAACGGGCCCCUCAUGCUGUUUCUGCAUGGCUUCCCGGAGAACUGGUUCUCCUGGCGCUACCAGCUCCGGGAGUUCCAGAGCCGCUUCCAUGUGGUGGCUGUGGACCUGCGGGGAUACGGCUCCUCUGAUGCACCAAGGGAUGUGGACUGUUACACCAUCGACCUGCUGAUGGCAGACAUCCAGGAUGUCAUUCUGGGCCUGGGUUAUUCCAAGUGCAUCCUUGUGGCCCAUGACUGGGGUGCACUCCUAGCCUGGAAUUUCUCCAUCUACUACCCAUCCCUGGUGGAGCGGAUGGCAGUGGUCAGCGCUGCCCCCAUGUCGGUGUACCAAGACUACUCUUUGCGCCACAUGGGCCAGUUCUUCCGUUCCAACUACAUAUUCCUGUUCCAGCUUCCCUGGCUUCCCGAGAAGUUGCUGUCCAUGUCUGACUUCCAGAUUCUGAAGACCACCCUCACCCACCACAAGAGGGGCAUCCCACAUUUGACCCCCAACGAGCUCGAGGCCUUCCUUUAUGGCUUCUCACAGCCUGGUGGCCUCACUGGGCCCCUCAACUACUACCGAAACCUCUUCAGGACCUUCCCCCUGGAGCCCCAGGAGCUGGCCACACCCACCCUGCUGCUGUGGGGGGAGAAGGACCCCUAUUUUGAGCAGGGGCUGGUGGGGGCCAUCAGCAGCCGUUUUGUGCCAGGCCGGCUGGAAGCCCACAUCCUGCCAGGCAUGGGGCACUGGAUCCCCCAGAGCAACCCUGAGGAAAUGCACCAGUACAUGUGGCCCUUCUUGCAAGACCUGCUGGACUAGCGGCGCUCGCUCACUGGCUUGCACGCACCCGGGCGUUCUCACAGUGUAUCUACACGGGUGAACUUCUGAUGCACACAGGUGUGGAGCUCCUAGAUUGCACACAAGUGCAUCUGUGGGUGCCCUCAGGCACACCAUCCCCAUAUGCUCACGCACAGUCAUGAGUGUAUGCAUGUGUGAGCAAGCACUUUGACCCCAGGAACCAGGUACGCCUCUGUGUGGAGCUGGAUGCUGAGUGUCCCAUCUCUCCCCUCCAUGAGGCCCCACUCUUCUCACCAAAGGCAGUGCCCAGAGUUGCAUAGACCAUGAACUCUGACCUGGCUUCCACCUCCAGUCUGAGUCUUCAGCUAAAUACUGCUCUGUCCAGUAUAGUACUGGUAGCCACGACUGGUUAUGUCAAUUUAAAUGCCAAUUAAUUAAAAUUAAAUACGAUGAAAAAUUCAGUUCCUCAGUCACACUAGCCAUAUUUCAAGGGCUGAAUUGAAUCAGAGUAGAAAGUUCUGUUGGACAGUGCUGAUGAGGGUAUUCCUAGCUUAAGAGUAGGGGGCUGGCUCCUGACAGCUCACCAAGGGAGGACCAUCAUGGGCAGGCAGGUGGAUGUCCAGACUCCUCUCCAGCCAGGCCCUGGGCAGCUCCCAUGAUCUCCCUCCUGGUCAUGACUCCAGGCCUUAUGAGGUCAAGUUCUCUCGCCACUGCCUGGGAAAGAUCCCUGGAAAAACAGCUCUUGGCUCUGUUAGGAUAUGUGAGAUUCUGGACUCGGCACAGGAAGGGACCAGCUCCCUGAAUAGCCAUCUGGGGUCUGAGGCCUGUCUCUCCAGUUCCCGGAAUCUUCUGUUCCAAAUUAACCAUAGUUGCUGCUGAUUCUUUCUGGGGACUCCUGGCUCCAGCCUCCAAGUGAGGGCCAUACAAGCUGAAGAUGAACCACCCAGCCCCAGGCUGGUCACAGCAGUAACUUCUAUCUCCCUAGCGUUUUCCUGGCCUCUGGGAACACUGUCAUGACUUGCAGCAGUGUGAUAAAUCAGUCUGGGGACCCAGCAGACCUCAGAAAUACAUUCUCUUAUCUCUGGGAUGGGCCUGCCUGGCCAAAGCCUGCCUGCUGGUCACCCGCUCUGUCCUCCCUUGUCCCCAACGUAACAUCCUUUCACUCAUCGUAUGUGUCAGGAGCUGUUCUAGGCCCUAGGGAUAGGGUGCGAACAAGGGCAAAGCCCCCAUUCUGGAAUUAACUGAGAAGAGGCAGAGAGAGCUAUGCAGGUGUGUGACAGGGCUCAGGAAAGGCUUCCCUACCUGGGGUACAGACCUUUCAGGGAGUGGGAAGCAGUAAAUAGGAAGGUCAGAGGCUGGAAUAAGCUUGGGCUACUGGAGUAACAGCGUGGAGAUUAGUGCCUGCUGCAGCAGAGCGAGAGGGGGAGGCGUGUGGAAGAAGAGGCCACAGCCAGACCGCCAGGGGCUUCGAAGAGUUUGGAUUUGAUUCUCAAGGGAAGCCAGGGAGGGUUUUCAGCAGGGGAGGGACAUGGUUUGCAUUUUGAGAAGCUCCCUGUAGCGGCUGAACAGUCCCACCCAAGAGCGAGAGUGAGGAGACAGGCUCAGGGCUGCGCACAGCUUCAGGACCGGACGGUCCAACAGCCCUGACAAGAGCCGGAACCCCCAGGGCCCUACCCAUCCCGCCCCCAGCCAGGGUGGGAGCAGUGCCCCUCUGGGGCCGGGGAAAUGGGCGAGAGGAGGAGGGAACCCGGGACCUCAGCUUGGGGCGAAGGUUUGGGGCGAGGAGGCCUGCGUGCAGGAUGAGGACCGUGCGUCCAAGGUGGGCGGUGGGUCUGGUGACCGUUGCCAGGGUGACGGGGAAAGGGCUGAUGGUUAACCGGAAUGGGUAGCAGUUGUCUGGGUGACCGAAGAGGCCCAGGAGAGGGCUGACGGGAGGCCUCGAACAGUUGCCGGGGUGACAGGGUCCGCUGACGGUUGCCAGGGUAACGAGAAGGCGCCGUCUUCCUCCGCUGCUGCUGGCGGGAGAAAGGCGGUGUGGUGGGGAGGGGAGAAAAGCGAUCGCGUUGAUUGGGCAGGGUCCUGGAAAGUGAGCCAAUAGCGACUAGUGGCUCGGCCGAAACCCGCCUCUCCCAGCCUGAGCCAAUCCGGGAGCGUCUUUCUUAGAGCCAGGGGCUCAGAGACCUCAUCACUUCAUGAGGGAGCUGGCCCCCGGAGGGUUUGGACUCUGUCUGAGGCCCCUUCCAGGCUCAGCCUCUCCCUCUCCCUCUUCCUUCUCUGAGCUCCCGCCUCCAGAUCACCUUACAUCCUUUACUCACUCAUCAUUCAUUCAUCCGCUCACCCACUCAUUUACCUGUCCUCGCUACCAGCUGUAAUCCGUGGCCCCGCACCAGAGGAGGGACGGGGGAGACAAAGCCGGGCAGACUCUCCCAGCCCUAGGUGGAAUGCGGGCCGGGGGGUGAGGGGUGGGGCACCUACCUGGAGGAGGGCAGGGAAGGCCUUAGAGCUGACUCCUGCAAGAAUGUGCUCCAAUCCACAGAAGCCUCCCAUGCACGGGUGAUUUAGCGUUUCUGUGAGACUGGGAGGAAUGUUUGGGAUAGGAAGACAUGGGAUUACAAAGGGCUUCGAAUGCCAGGCCAGGAGCUUGCUCCCAGUGUGGUGGGGACCGCAGGGGAGGGUCCCGGACAGAUCUGUGUGUCUGGAAUAUUACUUCGGGGUUGGUGAGGGGGCAGGACCAGGGACGGAAGAUUGAGGGUGGGGAGGCCUGGAAGGAGGAUGGGCAUGGUCCAGGCAGUAGAGGAUGAGGUCUAAGUCCAGGCACUUGGGGGAGGAGCAGAUAUGCAGGGAAAGCCAGAAGCAGGUUUUGGGGCAUGUUCAGCCUGAGGGGGCUGGACCCCUGAGGCAGGGACCUAGAAGCACCUUUGUCUUUAAUGGGUUAAAGACAAAGAUGACCGAGCAAGCAUCCAUGUACCGUGGGGUAGAAGGGCACUGAAGCUGGGAGAGAGAAUGAAGUCUCCCCAGAAGAAAGUGGAGAACAAGACUGGAGACUGAGCCCUGGAGGCCCCCAACAUCUAAGGGACAGGCAGAGGAGAGAAACCAAAGAGGUAGGAGGGGAAGCAGGUAAGCAUGAUGCCUCAGCAGUGGGGGGGGGGGGGGGGGAGGUCAGGAGGAGGGGCAUAGCCCAUGGUGUCAAAAGCUGCUGAGAGAUUGAGCCAUGCAGAUCAUGAGGGCGGAAACCUGAGAGUGGGGGCUGAGGACAGAGGGCUUGGAUGCUCUGAAUGUGGUUAAGCAGGGAUGGGAGGGAAGAGUGGGGACCCCAGUCAGGAUCCUGGAGGGAACAACUGGCACAUUCAAAUGGGACAAUUUGAGGCAGGUUUGCUUCAGGGACCAUAUACAGCAGGCAGAGUUUGGGGAAACCAACAGGGGUUCGUGCAGCACCCCCAGCGAGCACCGCUGGAGAGCCAUUACCAUCUCCAGAUCCCCCUGACCUGACGGGGAAAGGGGAAGGAAGGAUGUUAGCAGAACUCAGGGAGAGGUUUGUGUGGACUAUGUGGACAGGGCCUUUGGUCAAGCAACACAGUCAGCCGAGGUGGUGACCCUACAGGGAAAGAUACAGGAGAAUUAAUAUCUUGUUCUCUCCUCCCCCCCACCCCCACUUCAUCUCUGCCAGUGCCUCCUAUUGGCCAAACCCACCUGGAAGCCCGAGGACAAGGAUGUCCGUUGAUACAGUCUGUAGAGGUCAGCCUCUUGGGGCAUAGAGCAGAGUGGAGAAGGGGAAGAACGGAGGGAGCAGUGCGGGGGGGAGAUGCAGGGGAGAGAGACAGGAGCUUGGGGAAGGGCUUUGUGUGUGUGAGAUGAGCGUUUGCUGCAGAUUUCACUUUGUCACAGAAGAGACCUCAACCUCUGGCCACAGGAGGAGGUAAUGAAAAGCCCUAGGAAGGUGCUCCCCUUCUCUGAAGCAGGAGGAAAGGUGGGAGGACAAGUGCCACACCUGCAGGAAGGAAGGAAGACAAGUUUCAGCAGCCAGGGAGGCAAGGAGGCAGUUAAAGGACAUUGGAGUGUCAUAGUUCAGAGGUGAGCUGGAGGAGGUGGGGUCCUGGGUGAGGCCAUGGAUGAGGAAGGCUGGAGUGGUCUGAGCCCAAAGCCCAUGAGGCCAAGACCUCCAUUGGAUGUCCUGCCCAGUGGAGGGUCUUAAGGCAGGGAAACCACUGCCUCCACCCCAGAAGGGGUGGGGUACGGCCUCCCUGCUUCCCCUGCCCAGAGCAGCAGAACCAGUAGGUGCUUGAUAACAGUUAAGUUCCCUUCUUUUCAUUCCCCUUUCUUCCACAUUCAGCCCUCACAUCCACUCCUCCUCUAGGAAGCCCCACCAGCCCCCAUCCCUUCCUCUGACUGAGCUCUGAUCUAACGGAGGCCAGACAUGUCUGUGUCCAGACAGGGACAUCUCAAAGGCUGGCUCUGAGCAGGUUCGGGUCCCAGCUCCUGGGUCCUGCUCUUCCCCCGAGAUGUGCUGGGUAUAUUCAUUCAUUCAACUGACAAUUAUUUUACCUACUAUGUGCCAGGCUCUGUGCUAGACAUUGGGGAUUCAGUAGUCAGCAAGACAGAGGCCCACAGAGCUCAGAAUGACGUGGGAGCCAGGUAGGGUCACAUGGAGUGGUCGGAGUUGAAAUGGAAGAGGCCGUAGGAGCCAGAGGAGACCAUGGGAAACUGCAGGGAAGGUUCCCUGGGAGAAGAAAUGGCAGUGUUAUUUUUUCCAGCCUCGAUCACAUCAGCUUCCCCCUGCUAAAACCCUUCAGUGGUGUCCACUGUACUUUUCAUACAACCCCAGACCCUUUGGCCCCUUGGAACUUGGCCCCCAUCAGCUUCCCUGAGCUCCCUCCCCUUGCUCACUCUGCACCCAGCAUCCUGGCCUCGUUGCUGUUCUUCUUUUCUACCCACCCCUUUCUCCUCUGGGCCUUUGCACUUGCUGUUCCCUCUGCCUGGAACACGCUUCCAGGCUGUUUGCCUCGCUGGCUUGUUCUCCUCCUUCAGAUCUUAGUUCUAAUGUCCCCUCGUCAGCGAGGCCUAUCCUGACCCCCUAGAGCUGAAAUCUCUUCAUUUCUCAUGCACAUUCUAUAGUUCUUAUUUGUUUGUCUUCUUGUUACUUGUUUGUCUCCCCUAUCAGGGCAAAAACCUCUGUCUUUGUCACCUCUACCUAUCAUAGGGCCUGGCACCAAGUAGUUAACUACUCAGUAUACGUUUGUCAAAUGACUGAAUGAAGGUGAGAAGAGCUGGAGGGUCAGAGUGAGCCGUCAGGUGAAUGGAGUCUCCCGAAUAUGAGAAAGGUGUUCCUGGCAGUGGGCACAGCCUGUGCAAAAACCGGGAAGCCUGGGAGACAGGGCAGGGGAACUGGCAAGGUGAGGAGGGUGUCACUCUGGGCAGCGGGGAGCCAGGGAGGCAGUGAGCAUGAGAGAGCCCCAGGGAGGCAGUGGCCGGGAUAGCUGGCUGGGUCUGCAGCCCACAACCCCUGGGAUCCAGCCUUCCCACUGUUGCCCAGGCCCCAUACCCACCAGCUCUCUCUCCUGCUGGUUCUUGUUGGGCUCCCAUGGCCCACUGCCUGGCUGUGACAGCCUGGCCCCAGCUUCCAUGUGUAGAGGACAGGACUGUGGUCCCAAGAGGAUAAGCCAAGGGCACGUUCUCAGGUUCCCGGUCAGUGGGCCUGGGCCCAGCAGCUGUGUCUUGGCUUGGCCCCAGGACCCGCAUCCCUGGGGACUGAGCUCAUUGAGGAGAAAUGCAGUCCCUGGCCAAGGCAGCCGGCAGGGGCAGGGGAGACGGCUCAAGCCCACCCCUACCCCCACCACGUUGGGAACUGGGCAGCUGUCUGCUGCAAAGCCGUGGGAGUAAUUGCUCCGACUGUCCUGUCCCUCAAGGAUCCAGACACCUUGGGCUGUUCCGGCCACCGUGGUUGGAGGGCAGCAGAAACCUGGAGAGGGGACGCUCACCUUCUGCCUUGCUGAGUGGGUGCCCUCAGAGUUCGGAGGCUUCAGAAAGGGACUGACACCAGUAGGGUAUCUUCCUUUUGUCCCCAUUCCCCCCAUGCUGUACUCACCAUUACUGCUCCCUCUCUGUCUCUGUCUGCCACAGACCAGGGGCCAUUGGAUCAACAGGGUAGCAGACUUUGGACUUCCUGCCCAGCAAAAUGUGUGUCCAGGUUCUUGUUUGCUCCUUGUGACAGGGAGAUCAGCACCUAUUAGAGCAUCUCUUCCAGCACAAAGUCCUUUCUCAGAUGGGUCAGGGGAGGAGCUACCCCCCACUGCUGAAGACCCUAUCUUUGCCCCCUGGACCCCUAGUCUCUGGACCCCCAGAUCCCUAGAAUGGUACUGAAGAGAGUGGUCUGGGCCCCCAGUGGUGGCUCUUCUGGGCUAAGCAUCCCAACUCCUUCAGCCACUUCUGGAGUCACCAAACUCUCCCAUGUUGCCCCCUUAGUGCCCACCUCAUGCUGGGUGAUGCCUGGCGCCUCGGGAGCCCCCAGUAUAGAGGAGCAAAGAAAGAGCAGGAUACAGGCACCCCCACCCCCUGUGGACAAGGCCGAGCGGUAGGGCAAGAGGGCACUAGGAGAGCUGGUGGUGGGGAGCAGAGAGGGCUUCCUGGAACUGGAAUCUUGAAGAAUAGGAGUUCAUCAGGAAUGGAGGACGGAUAGGCAUGCUAGAAAGAGGGACCAGCAUGGAGAAAACAGCGGCAUGUGCAGGAAGUAGUAGAGCAUUCCCUAUAACUAGAAGGAAAUGCAUUUUUAUUUAUUUAUUUAUUUUUGGCCACGCUGCGUGGCAUGUAGGAUCUCAGUUCCCUGACCAGGGAUUGAACCCGGGCCACGGCAGUGAAAGCCUGGAAUCUGGGACUUCCCUGGUGGUCCAGUGGCUAAGACUCCAGGCUCCCAAUGCAGGGGGCCCAGGUUCGAUCCCUGGUCUGGGAACUAGAUCCCACAUGCCGCAACUAAGAGUCUGCAUGCCACAGCGAAGAUCUAGCAUGCGGCAACGAAGAUCCUGCGUGCUGCAACGAAGACCCGGUGCAGCCAAAUAAAUAAAUAUUUUUUAAAAAGGAAGAAAGAAAGGCUGGAAUCCUAACCACUAGGACACAGGGGAACUCCUAUGAAAUGCAUUUUUAAAGAGAAUACAUCUGCUGUGAGUUCCUGCUUGGGGAGGAAGCAAUGCAAAAGGGUCCUUCUAACUAGCUGGGUGUCCCAGGCAGAAACCUGAGCAAAGGCCAUGAGAGUGCAAAGCCUGCUGGGUGAAGAUGGAGUUUGCCUCAGUGUGAUGAUGAAGGGGACAGGAGGGGCUGGAGAGGGGCUGAAGGCUCUGAAAGCAGGGCUGGGGGGCUUGGAUUUCCUCCUGGGGUGACGGGCAUGGGAAGGACUUAGGCGGCACCUGCCCCAUGGGCCUGUUGACUCAGCACACUCACAGUGAGUAAGCCCUUCUUAUUGUGCAACUCUUGUCCUUUUCUCUGCCCAGUCCCCACCCCCAUUCCCACCCCUCUCACUCCACGUGGCCUGGAGUCACUCAGACUUGGGUUCAAA